AUGGCGCACGCUGCUACUGGUGUCUCUCUCGAUCCAUGCCAAAACCGCAUUCAAUGGAUGUGGAGAUCAAACACAGACCCUUGGGUUUCUAAACAAACAAUUCAGUGGACUUCGUAUUCUGAUGUGGAGACAGCUAUAAUCGAACAAGCGCGUCAGAGAAAGGCACCGGAGGCCCUUCUUGACAAUUACCACAUCAAUUUCCAGCAUCUCGUUCAAAUAUCAAACAACAAUUGUCGCAAACAACGGCCUGUGAAACGAGUCGUUUAUGGGAGAGAGAACGCACCGUUGAGAACAGAUCGUUUUAUGCCUAAUCCUACGUCUCCCUCUCGGUCUUUCGUAGGGUGGGGCGACAUACAGAACGACUUUCUGAAUGCCGUUACGUCACAUUUCAAGAUUCGUUAUCAAUUACGUAAUGCAGCUGCUCGUCGCCUGUGGGUCGAGAAAGCAGCCGAAGGACUAAUCGUGGAGGGAAAAAUAAUAGGCAAACAGAAAGAGGCUGAAUGGAUGGCAGAGCAACUACUCCAGGUGAAAGAAGCAACGGGAAAGGAAAUAUGGGAAGUGUGCGCUCGUCUCUACACGAUGGAGAGUUUCUUGUACAAGAAGAUGAAUGAAAUUAUGCGUUUAAGCGGCGAAAAAAAACAUACUCAUUUGCUGCAAAGCAAGGUACCUACAUUCGGCCCGUUUGCUCUUCUUCUUCGUGGACUAACUCAGCACGCCAACAAGAAGAUAACCGUCUAUCGGGGUUCUGAACUAACGCGUGAUAUAAUUGAACAAUAUACAUAUCUUGGCGGAGAUCGUUUUUUUUCCAGCGUUCACCUCAACAAGCCGGUCUCGAAUUAA